UAUGGGAAGUGCAUGAUAACUCUCGGCGUGGGUAUUAGUGCCAAAGUGGAGCUCUACUACGACAAGCACAGUGGUCAUUUGUAUGCGAUCAAAACGUUCAAGCCGAAGGAGUCUUAUGAAUCGAAGAGCGAGUAUAACGCACGGUGUCGAUUUGAGUAUGACAUUGUGCAGAGGAUCCACCAUCGGAACGUUCUAAGGAGUGUGGACUUUGUCUAUGGGUUCCAGACGGUGCAGAUGGUUAUGGAAUACGAACCGUACAGCAUGCUGAGACUGAUACAAAUGACCAAGCCUUCGGAGGAGGAGAUCAUGUGCUUCUUCCGGCAAGUGUGUGAAGGUGUGUUGCAUCUCCAUACGAUAUGUCAUAUUGCGCAUAGGGACUUGAAGAUGGAGAACCUGGUGAUUGGGACGGACGCCGUUGUCAAGAUUAUAGAUUUUGGCACAGCGUUCAACUUUGGAACGGGACAUGCCUUCGCCAAGGGUGCCGUUGGCACACCGUCGCUGAUUAGCCCUGACGCGCAGAAUAAGAUUAGCUACGAUUCUGAGGCUAACGACGUUUGGUCUUUGGCUGUGCUGCUCUAUAGCAUGUUACACCUGGACUUCCCUUGGAAA